GCUAUAGUUUAUUUACUUUGCAUAUCUUUAUAAGUGCUUUACACAUCUGUAAAAUCAUAUAAAAAAUAGAAUAAAUAAGAGUUUUAUGACUAAAAAUUUUUAGAGAUCAUCGUGUUGAAUGCUUUUAUUUUAUAGGUGCAGAGAUAAGGCCAAGAAAGUUUGAGUAACUUACUCAAAGUAUAGCUAUUUCUGCUCUAAAACUGUAUUAGUUAGGGACCUUGGUUAUAUGUAGGAAAAACCCACCUGAGGUAGUAAGGGGGGGAUCUAUUCUGAGCAUGUAAGGAUUUCUCUCAGCACCCAUGGGUAGGAAUAGAGCUGGGCCUAGGAAGUGGAAAAAUGAAGGCGUUAGGGAGCACUCCCUGUCCUCUCGUCUUGCCUUUCCUCUUCUUUCUCAGUUGACUGGCUUUCUCUGAUACUCAGCCCACAUGGCAGGCAGAAGUUGGUGCCCACAGCUGCUCUUUGACAUGUUCUAGUUCCAGUCAUACAUAGUCAGUGCACGUCUCUUUUUCUCUUUCUCUCCUCUUCUAAAUUCUUGACACAGGAGCGUUCAUCUUCAUUCAUAUUUCCCACCCCAAUCUGACCAUAUGUAACAGGACAAGAUCACAGGGUGGAUGCCUGUCUGCUAGGAAUCGCACUUGGUGGGCUGGGUGCCCAGAGGAGAGUGGGUGCUCUCCUUAUAUCUUUAGGGUCUUUUGCCUCACAGCUUAUCAAUCCUCCUCAUUCCCCCUGCCCCGCGCCCCCGGCUUCUUUGCCCUAUGAUGUUACCACCAUAUUAAGUAUCUGGAACCUAGGUUACUUUUUUUGAGAAAACAUAGUAUCUAUCUCCUUUAAAAACUUUCCUUUAGAUGGAAUCUUUGUCCGAAAGGUGAAUAUUAGCUGUUUGAGACCAUAUCACAUAGUGAUAACUGUUGAAUAGAGAGGGUUACUUUGACAAGAAGUGAAAUGUGUGGUAUUUUAGGCACUGUCAAAAUAACAGAUUAAUGAAACAAAGCAGUUUCCUCUCAAGUGUAUGAAUGCUCAUGUCCAACCUUGUACUAUUAAAUCCACAUUAACUGUGACCAAUAAAUCUUGAUGAGUCAGAGUGAUAGUUGGUGUCCUUAAUGAUCCUGAGAAAGAUAAUGAAAUAUCAAAAUUUUCAUCCAGUUUGAUUUGUUUUUUAUUCUAAUUAUUUUGAAAAUUGAUAAUUAGUGUGAUGUUGAUAGCCUUCUACUAACCAGAAUAUUUGAUUAUUCAGAUAUGUUCCUUUUGUUCGCAGUAUGCAUUUGUGUACAUGUGCUUUAUAUCACUUGGAAAAUUCUAAGUUCAUUCAUUUUACCUUUAAAAAUAAUUCAGGAGGGCUUCCCUGGUGGCGCAGUGGUUGAGAGUCCGCCUGCUGAUGCAGGGGACACGGGUUCGUGCCCCGGUCCGGGAGGAUCCCACAUGCCGCGGAGCGGCUGGGCCCGUGAGCCAUGGCCGCUGAGCCUGCGUGUCUGGAGGCUGUGCUCCGCAACCGAGAGGCCACAACAGUGAGAGGCCCGCGUAAAAAAAAAAAAAAAAAAAAUUCAGGAAAUAAAAUCUGAUAGCUUACUUUAGUCUUGAAUGUGUUAGUAAAGUAGUUCUGCCAAGCAUUGAUUACAGUGUCUAAAAUAUUUUAUAUCUAUUUUCAAAAUUAUAGACAGCCCUCUUGUGUUCUACCUUUCCAAAAUGAAAGUAUAUAGCUUUUGGAUUAAUGGAGUGCUAAUAAAAAUUUUGAUAUUAAUUUCAUCUUGUGCAUACUUUGCUGUCUUAGGUAAGUGAACAUAUUAUGUGGGAUAAUCAGUAAGACUUACAGGUAAGUUAAGGACAAAGGGAGAGAAAGAGGCACCUAGAAUGCCUCUUGAUAAGACGGGGAAUACAAAAGAAAGAACUGAUUGGGGAGAGAGUAGAGUUAUGAUUCUGUUUAGACAUAAUUUUGAGAUCCCUGUGGGGCACCCAGAGGUAUCUAACAGGAGAUUUGCUAUGUAUAGUACUAGUGUAAGGAUAGAGAUGGGGACAGUGAUGGUGAAGGCACUGAUAAAGGUAGGUAUUAGUAGAAACCAUGGGUUUAGAUGAGAUCAUUGAGAGAAAUACAGUGUUUGGAUGAGAGGAGGAAAGGUGCAAGAAUAGAAUGCUGGGGAACACCAGUGUUUAAGGGAUGACUCUCUUAGAUAAAAAUCCACCUUCUAUUGCUCCUUGUUACUUAUCAUAUACACAUAUCCUGAUCUCUCUCUCUCCCCUCCAUAAUCACUGAUGACUGUGGUACCUGGCUAAGAGUCAUUUUCUUCACCUCUUCAAUGUUCACAUAAGACCACUCAUCCAAAAACUGAGAGGCAAAGUUCCCUGACCACCUAGACUCUUAUAACCUCCCCCCUUGCUCCAUUUUAAAGACUUUUUUGUUGUUGUUGUUGGGGAUAGGAGUUUAUUAAUUAGUUUAUUAAUUUAUUUAUUUUUGCUGUGUUGGGUCUUUGUUUUUGUGCGAGGGCUUUCUCUAGUUGUGGCAAGCGGGGGCCACUCUUCAUCGCGGUGCGCGGGCCUCUCACUAUCGCGGCCUCUCUUGUUGCGGAGCACAGGCUCCGGACGUGCAGGCUCAGUAGUUGUGGUUCGCGGGCCUAGUUGCUCCGCGGCUGUGGGAUCCUCCCAGACCAGGGCUCGAACUCGUGUCCCCUGCAUUAGCAGGCAGAUUCUCAACCACUGCGCCACCAGGGAGGCCCCCUUGCUCCAUUUUAAAACCUUAUUCUCAAACUUGCUGGGCCUUGCCACAAUCAGGAACUGAUCCACACCUGAAAUCUUUAACUGUUGGCUUCCGAGUCUCUGGCUUAAUCUCCUCUCUUUUCAUUUGGUUUGUCAUCUCCAAACUUUACCUCUGUCCUUCUCCAGCUUAGACCUUCUUUCCUUUCCCUGGUUGAGUGUUUGGGUGGACCACGAGCCCUACAGCGAAGCAGCUGGCUCCACAGUCACUGCUGGCACCUGCUCUACCUCCUUCUUCAGGGAGGCCAUCCUGGCAGCUUCACCACUCUAUUACCAGUGCCUUCCCCUUUGUUAACCAAAAGAAGAGCACCUCUGUGUGGCAGGCAUUACGUUAGAUAUAGUGGUAUAUGCCUUUCAGGAAUCCCCUCUGCCAUAUUUUAGAAAAAGGACAGUAGAAAACUAAGAGAAGGCUUAUUAGAAGGUAGGUCGUAAACUAUAGAAGAGCAUUUUGUUCUAAGAAGAACCUACAAGAGGGUUGUUUUGUUUUUUGUUUUUAAAUUAGAAAGCAGAGAAAAUUUUCUGCGACCGGCAUGAGCCUGUAGGGGAGUUUGUUUACACUGAAGCAAGGUUCCGCAGGGCACAGUGGAAAGGGUUGGGAGGGAAUUCUUGGAUGGGAGGAUGUGUCAUUGUGGAGGAAGCUUGGAGCUGUGUGAGGAUGAGAGUUGAGGAGAGGAUAGAUAGUUGGCCUGGGGGUGUUGUGUGGAAAGAAAAUUACUUUGCUUCAUAAACAGUCUAGUAGACUGAAUUAGUUUAUUCUGCUUAAGAGAGCUAAUUAUAAUCCCACUAUUUGGCUUCAUUUCUCUGAUAUGCAAAAAUGUGGUUUAAUUUCCUUUAAAAAUUAUGUAUUUAUGUUUUAAAUAUAUAAACAAUACAUGAUCAUUGUUUUUAAGAAUAAGGUUAAUGAGGUAAGUAAGAAGGAAAAGAUAAACCUCAAAAUUUCCUUAAGUCCCACUACUCCAGGGACAUCAUUUUGGUAUAUAUUCCUCCAGACUUUUUCUCAUCUAAACAUAUAUAUAUAUAUAUAUUUAAAUUUUGAAAAUAUACUGAGUAUACUGUAGUUGCCUGCUUUUUUUCCCACAUAACAACAAUACCUAGUAAAUAUUAUUUCUCAGAAUAGGUAGAUUGCUGCCAUCAUUUUUAGUUGUUAUAGUAAUCCAUUGUAGGACUGUACCAUAUUUAUUUCUGUUGUUGGGCUUUUGAAUACUUUCCAGUUUUUUAUUAUAAAUAAGGUUAGAAAGAAAAACCUUGUGUGUGCAAGUUGGCAUAUGUAUCUGAUUAUUUCCUUUGGGUAAGUUUCUAGGAGUUUUCAAGGUCAACAGUGUACUUUUUGGUUUAAUUUCUUAUCUCUUUUUCUCAUGAUUUAGUAUUUAGCUGAGAAAUCCUUUUUGGUUGAUAAUUUGGGGACAUGUUUAAAUAUAUUUGGUAAACAGUGUAAAAUCACUGGGAUAGACAUAUAUUUGUAAGUUAACAAUUUACCAUUGUUGAAUAGAUAUUUAAUAGAUUUUUUUCCCCCAGGUAGGGAAGCCAAAAAUAUUAGCCCACAAACCUUUAAGUUGUUUUUUCCCAAAGGGUUUGUACAUGUAGGACUUAGGCAGUGGAAUUGAGAUAAUUAUAAAAACUUUUAAAGCUCUAAGUUAAUGAUGUGUUCAGAAUGCAUGGAAAUGAUUAACACAGUUUUCUUUGAUUACUUUUUUUCCAGGUGAUUCAUGGCAGGGGACGUGGAAGGAUUCUGUUCCUCCAUCCAUGACACCAGUGUCUCUGCUGGGUUCAGAGCACUGUAUGAGGAGGGAUUGCUUCUUGAUGUCACUCUGGUUAUUGAAGAUCAUCAGUUCCAGGCCCAUAAAGCACUCUUGGCCACCCAGAGUGAUUACUUCAGAAUUAUGUUUACCGCAGACAUGAGGGAGCGAGAUCAGGACAAAAUUCAUUUAAAAGGUCUAACUGCUACCGGUUUCAGCCACGUCCUUCAGUUUAUGUACUAUGGAACUAUAGAACUGAGUAUGAGUACUGUUCAUGAGAUUCUUCAGGCUGCCAUGUAUGUUCAACUUAUAGAAGUGGUGAAGUUCUGCUGCUCUUUUCUAUUAGCAAAAAUCUGCUUAGAAAACUGUGCAGAAAUUAUGAGACUCUUAGAUGAUUUCGGUGUAAACAUCGAGGGAGUCAGGGAGAAGUUGGACGCCUUUCUGCUAGACAACUUCGUACCACUCAUGUCCAGGCCUGACUUCCUGUCUUAUCUGAGCUUUGAGAAGCUCAUGUCUUACUUGGAUAAUGAUCAUCUGAGCAGGUUCCCAGAGAUAGAGCUGUACGAGGCUGUGCAGUCUUGGCUGCGGCAUGAUAGAAGACGCUGGAGACAUACCGAUACCAUCAUUCAGAACAUCAGGUUUUGUUUGAUGACCCCAUCCAGUGUUUUUGAGAAGGUUAAGACAUCAGAAUUUUAUAGAUACUCCCGACAGCUGCGCUAUGAAGUGGAUCAAGCCUUGAAUUACUUUCAGAAUGUUCACCAGCAGCCUCUGUUGGACAUGAAAUCAAGCCGCAUCCGCUCUGCCAAACCCCAAACUACAGUAUUCCGAGGCAUGAUUGGACAUAGCAUGGUUAACAGUAAAAUACUUCUCUUAAAGAAACCAAGAGUCUGGUGGGAACUGGAGGGCCCACAAGUACCUCUGCGUCCGGACUGCCUUGCUAUUGUGAAUAACUUCGUGUUCUUGUUGGGCGGGGAAGAACUGGGCCCAGAUGGCGAAUUCCAUGCUUCUUCCAAAGUGUUCAGGUAUGACCCGAGACAAAACUCCUGGCUCCGGAUGGCAGACAUGUCUGUACCACGUUCAGAAUUUGCAGUUGGUGUUAUUGGAAAGUUUAUUUACGCUGUAGCAGGCAGAACCAGAGAUGAGACUUUCUAUUCAACAGAGAGAUAUGAUAUCACCAAUGAUAAAUGGGAAUUUGUGGAUCCUUAUCCAGUUAACAAAUAUGGACAUGAGGGGACAGUGCUCAAUAACAAGUUGUUUAUCACUGGUGGAAUCACCUCAUCUUCCACCUCCAAACAAGUGUGCGUGUUUGACCCCAGUAAAGAAGGGACCAUAGAACAGCGGACCAGGAGAACUCAAGUAGUUACCAACUGUUGGGAGAAUAAGAGCAAAAUGAAUUACGCUAGAUGCUUUCACAAGAUGAUUUCUUACAACGGCAAGCUUUAUGUCUUCGGUGGUGUCUGUGUGAUCUUGAGGGCCUCUUUUGAGUCUCAGGGAUGCCCUUCCACAGAAGUGUACAACCCAGAGACUGAUCAGUGGACCAUCUUGGCGUCCAUGCCAAUUGGUAGAAGUGGCCAUGGUGUGACUGUGCUGGACAAACAGAUAAUGGUUCUUGGAGGCCUUUGCUACAAUGGUCAUUACAGCGAUUCUAUUCUCACUUUUGAUCCGGAUGAAAACAAAUGGAAGGAAGAUGAGUACCCACGGAUGCCCUGCAAGCUGGAUGGUUUACAAGUAUGCAACCUGCAUUUUCCAGAAUAUAUACUGGACGAGGUCAGACGUUGCAACUAAUGGCAUCUUUCUCCCUUCAAAAAAGCCAAACAAAAAAUUUGAGACAAAGUAGUUAAUUUAAAAAUAUAAAGAAAAACCUCACCAGUUUUACUAUCAAAGCCAUUGGUCUAAUACAUAAAAAUAUUUUCGUUCUGUUCUCGCAUCCUUUUUUUUCUUUUUAGUGGCCUCAAACUCAUGCAAUAAGUCAAUUCUAAGCACUAGCUCUUGAAACUACUUCCAGAAGCAGUUUAAUAGAACGAUUCACUUAUCUGGGAAGUUGAUGUUAUGCUUUAAACAUUUCUUUCAAAUGUCAGUGUAGGAGUCAUGCAUCUUCUAAGAGAAGACCUGAUAAGUGUCACUGGAUGUAAUUUCAGUUCCUAUCUCUAUCUGAAAUCUUUUUGAACAUUUAUUUCGGUGUAUUGCAGUCUGUUAGACUUUUUGAUUUUAUUUUUUAAGUUUAAAACUCUUGACCUUUUUGCAUGGCUUUUUGCUGAAAAUGCAAAAAUAUAAAUUUUCUACAAAUUUAACUUUUUUAUAUUCAAAACACUAUUUCUAAGCUGCCUUCUCUUAUCUGCAUUGUGUUAGUGAAAGCAUAUCCAUACUUGCUUACAUCUUAUGAAUAUAUAAGGCACAUCCCCUUUUAUGCGUGGUUAGGAUUCUAUAUUUUUAAGCUAGUGCACUUGCACACACGGUUUGCCAUACUUGUUGUAUUCUAGAUGUAACGUCUUUUCAUGUGUUAACAUUUUUAGAAAGUUAAAAUAACUGGAGUCCUCGUUUGGUAUCAGAGUAGCCUAUCUUCAGUCCAUACUGAUUCAGUAAUAUUCAAACUCCUUAUAUUCCUGAAACAUGUAUGGUUUUAUGAAAACUAACAUUUUAUGUUUUAUUUUCAAAAGUAAACGUUAGUGUUGCUUAUCGAUGUAUGUCUUCUUUUUGAAAAUGUUUUUCUUUGCAGUCUGUUUAAUGUUACCCUGUUUUUAGUGAGAAUCGGAGUGGUAUAUGACAAGCCCUGGCCCUGCAGCGUGCAAGCACUUUUAAAGAGAAUUUAGGUAAUGCCAGACUCCUAAAUAAAGGCCCCUUAAAAGUAAGUGCAACUCCCAUUCUUUACAUUCAAUAAGGCUGCUGCAUCUGUUAUUGAAUGGAAAGUAGCAACUUGGGGAAAAUUUGAGCUCAGUUUUGACUUAGAGGUAAGGAAUAGAACUAUAUUCUUAAUUGGUCAUAUCUACUUGUUUAUUUAGUACAAAAUAUUUAGUGUCACUGGGGAUGUAAGCCCUCAGCUUUUGUUUUAUUUACUGAAAGCUACUAGCAUGAAGGAUAGUAACCUCAAAGUUCAGAAUGAAUCAAGAAUAACUGUUUAAAAGCAUUUAUAAUAAGUGUUUUAGGAUUAGCCGCACCUUUCAAUUCUUUAAACUCGAAGAAAAAACAUAUAGUUGUCAAAAUUAAGCAAGAAUAACCAGGGAGUGGAUCAUUUAAAUUGAUGCCAUUUUCUUCCGAGUAGACUCUAUAUAUGAUACAGACUAGAUCUACACUGGCAAAACUUGCCAGAUCUUAGGAUAUUGGUGCAAUAUUGCAAUGCCUUCUAUAUGGCUGUUGUAUAAAUUUUCUAGUUUCACUUUUUUUUUUGCUGCUGCCACCACUGAAUAGAAAAUGGAAGAGUGAAGUCAUGGAAAUGUGAAGACUUAUUUCAUUUUUGCAAUUAAAAUAGACAACUAUGAAAAAAACCUGAUUUUAAAACUCUACAACUAGAGGCUAGAAACAGUCAGGUACAUAAGUAGUUUUGUAAAAAGCAAAACAUUGGGAUUGGUUUUAGAAAUCAAGUUAAUAUUCUUUUGUAUAUGAGACUUAAAUUUUUAUUAAGUGGUCCUAUCAUUUACUUUCAGUUUCUAAAAACGAAAUUCAGUAUCCUGUUUCCCAUGGUAAUAUGGGUGAAAGUCUUUUUCUACAUCUUAAAAAUCAUUUUUAGUCUUUUUAUUUUUGAAAACUAGGAGUUAGAUUAGCCGUUUAAUUCUUUUUCUAAUAUAUUAGUUGGCUUAGUGUUUUAUAUGUGUGCCAUCUUGCUUUAAAGAAAAUAACAGUAUCGUCUUCAUUAUUUUCCUCAUUGUUGUCUUUUGCUGGAAAAGACCGAGACAGGGUACCCCAUCAGGCUUUUACACUCCAGUGGUGGUUCUCUUUAAUUGCUUAGAUAUGACUUCGUAGUCCUAGUUAAAGUAAGAUCUGGGCAAACAAUUGAAUAUUCUUGGUCUUCAUUGUAAAAACACAAGGCCAAGAUCAAAGUUCAUGUUUUGGAAAAUUUGUGAAAUCUUUUAACUUGAACUAACUCUGGGUUUAGCUUCACACGUAAGUCAUGUCUGACCUGAUGUUAGCUGUAAUCAGUUUUGAGCUUUAAGAAUAGUUGUUAUUGCUUGGGUUCUGAAUGUAUGAGAAAACUCUUCUGUUUAUAUGUAGUGCUAAUUUAGGUUAUUUUAAAUCCAUGAUUAACUUACAUUCCCUUUUAAAAUUAUGGUUUAAUUGCUGAAAGAGAUUUAUUUUUGUUAUACUAAACUAUGGAAAAUUUUUUCAUAGAAUUUUUUUCAAGUUUAUUUUUUGUGUGCUUCAUUUGGAACCAUUUUUGUUUAUAUACAUUAUAUGUGCUCAAAAUAGUUUUUUUUAAAUUCAGUAAGAUUUAAAACUAUACAGUGUAAUUGCUGUGAUCUUUGUGUGUUAAUUUUCACUUUACAUUUUAAAUGCCAGACUUUACAAAAAUAGCUGAUCUUUGUUGAUUGCAUCUUAAUUAGAAACGUUUGUUCUCUUCCAUGUCUUUGACCUUCUAAGUUUUUAUUUUAAUCUGCUUAAAGAAAAUCCUUGCACUACAACCUUUUCAUAAAAUUCAAGAUUCUCACGUUGAAGGUUUUGUAUUGGAAGAAAUACUACUGGUUUUUAAAAAGUAAAGCUUAAUUAAUAGAAUUAUUAGCUUUUCUUGAGACAGCUUUCUCUGUGUCCUCAUUACUCUGUGUGAGUGUUACUAUAAUUUGUGAAAUAUUGACUGAGCCCUUCACUUAUCUUUUCUAAAGCAGCACCUUUGGACACCUCAUUCUGGGAAGCCUGCUCGAGUCAUAGUAAAGGACACACACAUUUGUGUGGGGAGAAGUGGUAAAAAUGGUUUUGUCUUAAUUACAUGAAACUAAGCUUUAAAAUAUUUUAUAACAAAUUAUUUGAGCUGCAUUAUCUAAACAUGUCAAACGUUCAGUGGGACUAUUUUUAUAUAUGUAUAUGUGGUUGUAGGUCAUAACAUUUCAGUUUAUAAUAUAAAUCGUUAUUUCAGUUUAUAAGCUAUCUCUCAGAAAAGACUAGCUCUUUUGAGAAUACGUAAUUUAAAAUUUUAGACUGAAGUAAAACACAACAUAGAUAAUAGUGUAAAUUAGAUAUAAAUGAGGGCUAUAUGGCAGUAAAACUGCUAGUGCCAUUUUUCCUGUUUGCCUAUUAUACAUUUUUUAUUUUUUUUUGUACUCUGAACAUUUUUAGGGAUCAUGCGUUCUAUCAGAUUAGAGUUGGUUUAGGGAUAAAUAUCUUCUAAAAAGAGAUUUAUCUUAAAAAUGAAAGUUCUGAAAAAUUAGUUUAUCAAGAGUUUAUAAAGUCAAAUAUUCAAUAGACAUAGACUGGAAUAGGUAAACUCAUGGAAGUCGUUUCCUUUCAGUAUACCAGUAUAACUUCAAUAUUACACGAGUAACAUUGAGAGAAUGCCAUCAGCUUUGUUUGUUCCUCCUUAAUGUUCUUAGAUUUUCUUUUUACAUCUUUGGGAACAACUACAUUAAAAACCUUAUUAAUCAGUAUAUCAGUAAGGAUUAGGUGUUUGCUUUCUGAAGGAAUGUUCCAGUGAGGUGAUCAGAGAGGUUAUUUUCUAUCUAACUUGUAUAUGCCCUAUACCCCUUGGGCAUAUUUUGUCUAUAGAAAAAAUAUUUUGACCUUUAGGUACAUUUUGGGCCAGUAGUCAAAUAAUCCUAGGGCCGAUUUAAAAAUCUUAGAAUAAUUUAAGGUUUGCCUUUUAUACCUGUUUUGGAAGCCUUUACAUUUUUGUCAGGUAAUUUUUCCCAAGCCGUGAAUAUAAUCUAUUCAAAACAUGUUUAUG